GCGGGGGAGGUGUCAUGGCGGCCUCCUGUGUCCCGUCGGCUCUGGGCUGCUCUCUGUAGGAACUCUGGAGGAUCUGUGCGGGUCUGUGCGGGUUUGUGGAGGGUUUUACUUGUCUCUGUUCAUCUGUGCAGCUCCAGCGCGACAUGGGCACUGUGCACGCGCGGUCUCUAGACCCUCUCCCGAUGCAGGGGCCUGAUCUCGGGGUGCAGCCAGAUGACAUCGAGGCCCCUGGAGUGGAGCCCGAACCCAAACAGGAAGUGCUCGAGAACAAAGAUGUGGUGGUGCAGAGGGUCCAUGUAGAUGGUUUGGGUCGGACCAAAGAAGAUCUGCUCACAUAUGAGAUAAAGGAAGUCUUUAGAGCCAGAAACCUCAUUGAUGUUAUGAAGAAGUCCCAUGAGGCAAGACAGAAGCUGCUGCGUUUGGGAAUCUUCCGUAAAGUCAAUGUGGUCAUUGACACAUCGCGAGGAGAGGGUGCUCUUCCGAAUGGUCUGGAGGUGACGUUCCAUGUGACGGAGCUGAGGAGGGUUACAGGAAGUUACAACACGGUCGUGGGAAACAACGAAGGCAGCAUGGUCUUGGGUCUGAAGCUUCCCAACCUUCUGGGCCGAGCAGAGAGAAUGUCUCUGCAGUUUUCAUUUGGGACCAAAGAGACGUCAUAUGGAGUGUCCCUCUUCAAACCUCAGCCCGGGAACUUUGAGCGCAGUAUCACGUUGAACGCGUACAAAGUGACGGGGCAGUUUCCCUGGAGCUCUCUUAGAGAAACUGACCGGGGAGCUUCAGCUGAACUCACUUUCCCAUUGUGGAGGACCAGUCAGUCUCUGAAGUAUGAGGCAGUGUGGAGGGAGCUCUCGUGUUUGGCUCGAACUGCAUCAUUCGCCGUCAGAGAAGAGACUGGACACUCACUCAAGUCAUCAUUAUCUCACUCAAUGGUCAUCGACUCUCGGAACUCCACCAUUUUACCUCGAUCCGGAGGUCUGCUACGCAUUCACCAGGAACUAGCAGGCUACACCGGAGGAGAUGCCAGUUUCCUGAAGGAAGAUUUUGAGCUUCAGCUGAACAAAAGUCUUCUCUGGGACUCGGUUCUCUCCCUGUCUCUGUGGGGGGGUCUGUUGCUGCCCAUCGGAGACACACCCACCAGCAUUGCAGACAGGUUUUAUCUAGGAGGUCCCACUAGUGUGAGGGGCUUCAGUAUGUACAGCCUCGGCCCUCAGAGCGAAGGAGAUUACCUGGGGGGCGGGGCAUACUGGGCGGGCGGUGUCCAUCUUUUCUCUCCUCUUCCAUUCACACGGCGACGAGGUGGCUUCAUGGACCUGUUCAGGACACAUUUCUUCCUCAACGCCGGAAACCUCUGUAACCUCGAUUAUGGAGAGGGCCCUGGCGCUCACCUGCAGCGCCUGGCAGAGUGCGUCCGCUGGUCGUAUGGACUGGGCAUUGUGAUGCGUUUAGGGAACAUUGCACGACUCGAACUCAACUAUUGCAUCCCCAUGGGAGUCCAGAGCGGAGACAGGAUCUGUGAUGGGGUGCAGUUUGGAGCGGGCAUCCGGUUCCUCUGAUAUACUUUUAUUUUGAAGGGACCUGUGCAGUUUUAUUUUGAAGAUUCAUGUCAGCAGUUAUCUGUCGGUCAGUUCAUUUGUGUAAAAUGCCUCAUUAUUUAAAUUAAAUACAUGUCUUUGGA